CCUGUUGUCCCUGCUAGUGGCUGUGGUCAGCCAGACGGGAGGGUCAGCACAAGGUCCCAGGGCAGCCCUCAUCAUCGUGGACGUACAGACGUGUUUCCUCUCUGGUGGGAGUCUGGCCGUCACAGACGGGGAUGACGUCAUACCGGUCAUUAACAGGAUCCGACAGCAGUUCGGUGGACUGUUCUCUCUGGUGGUUCUGUCCCAGGACUGGCACUGCCCCACACAUGUGUCCUUCGCCUCCUCCCACCCGGGGAAAAACGUUCUGGAUGUUGUACCUCUAAAGUAUCAAUCUGACGGCACACUUUGUCUUGGCGGAAGUAUUAGCAAGACCAACUUCCCCAACGCCACGACCUGUCAAGGCGACCGAGAGUUGGACCAAGUCUUGUGGCCUGUCCACUGUGUGCAGGACGUCACCACUGGGCCUACGUCAUCAAACCUUGCGGAUUCUCUCGACAGGGCCAGCAGUGACGUCAUUAUCAGGAAAGGAAGCUAUUGUGAGGCACAGAUGCAGGUAGCAUCAAAGCAGCUGAUGUGAUGGGUCUCUUUAUGACCACCCUGACAGCUAUCUUGCUUGCGAGAUGAACGUGAAGAAUUUGUGACAGCGAUUACAUAUCUGUAUGAUAUCAGCCAAAUCAGUACGAUUUUUAACCAGAAAUCUACUGAGAAAUACAUUUAUUUGACCCAAGCAAAGUUUCUAACCCUUUGGACAGUUUUAGAUUUCCCAAAAGUUGUGUACUGAGGUUAAUAAAAAAGAGUGGUAAACCAUAACAUAAAAUCCUCAGGGUUUUUAUUUCUUUUUCUUUUUGAGCAACCUUUCUAAACCGAACGCCCCGCCCCCAAAAAACAGCCAAUAAGAUUUUUAAAGACAAAAAUCUUUUUAAUCCGGUGUAUUUUUGGUUUUAUGAUAGGGCCUACUCUCCUGUAAUUCUCACAUUUUGGCUCGCGGUAACUCUGCAAAUUCUUUUUUUUUAUAUUUUGGUUAGAGUUUUACGGCACCUGGUCACAGAAAUUCCGAUCUGCGACUUCUGCCUGGUUUUCCGUUUCUUGUAGGCCUGCCUUUAAAAGUUAGCCUAGAAAUGUGAGCAGUGCCAGGCUCAAUUCCAGUGGAACAAGAAGAAUUGUUCUUAGUUGUGUAAUUUCUGAACUUUUGUCUCUCGUAAUCCUGGGACCUUCCUUGUGAUAUCUGUUGACUGUUGUUUACUAUGUACAGUGCAUUCACCUUGUUCGUAUUUCUGUGUUUUUUAAAAUCAUGAUUAUACAUGUAAUAAGCAUCAAUGAGCUAUCUUGAUUAUUUGUUUUAUUGUUUAAGUAAAAGUUUUACGGCACUUGAAACACAAUAAGAUUAUUUAGGCCUAUGUAAGUGCCAAAAAAUCAGAGGUUGGUGUUACAAGAGAGAAACAAACAAAAAAGGAGGAGAGAUCAGGAAGAUAGAUGUUUGAUAGGAAAGAAGGAGCAAUCCACACUAGAGCAUCUGCAAACCACUCACUACCUUGGUUAAAUGGUGCAUGGUGCGGUGCAAGGUGAGACGAAAUCUUUUUUUUUUUCAUCAAAAAACAAAAACAGGGACUCAUCUUUAAAAAAAAGAAAACAUUGUUUGAAUUGAGUUUUUCUAUCUCUGGGAGUACAUAGUGUUGUUUGUAAAUUGCUUCUUCUAUCCCAUUUUGAGAUGGAGAAAAAAAUGUCUUUGUUCUUUUUGAGCAUACACAAUCCAGAGAAGAUGAGAAAUUGAAUUUGUGAAUAUUAUUACCUGACCUACAUCUGCCCUAGACCCCUUAACGCCCUAAAUUUUUAUAGCUAACCUCUAAUUUAGAUCCUAAUCCUAUAGAGUUUCAACACACUAAAAGCAAGACAUUUUCAGAGUACAUGUGCUGAAUAGGGCAGAGUAUAAAGUUAUAGUACUUUAAGUAUGAAAAAUGUGAUGUGUAACAUGCAGACAUAUCUAAGAAGGAUUUUAUUUUCUGUUUUUGACCAAAAGAAUAAGGAAAUACACACACACACACACACACACACACACACACACACACACACACACACACACGAACACACACAUACACACAUAGCCAAACAAGAAACGCUUCAAUGAUGUUUCUGGUUUUCAGCCUUUAUUAAACACAAAUUUCAUUCCA